GGCACUUUAGAGCUUUGGCCUGGUCUUUAGCUCCCCCCCAGACCCCAGUUCUUUAUAUAUAUAUUUUGACUUUAUUCCAUUUUGUGUCAGAAUUAUGGGAGCCAAGAUUGCCAUAUAAAAAUUCCCUUACACGUUCCCUCUAAUCUGCAACCCCCACCAGUUCCAAAGCCAAACAAAUUUACACCUUCAAACCAUGAAGGGCAAUGAGCAGCAGACCUCUUCAACAUCGUAUGAUCCUUCAAUCAAACCAGAUGCAACAAAAGAAGACACCAGGAGCAAAAGGGCCAAGAAAAAUGACCAUCUUGAUGCAAGAAAAGGGGAGAAUCCCACGUAUCACGGCGUCCGAAGACGCAGCUGGGGCAAAUGGGUGUCCGAAAUUCGCGAGCCCAGGAAGAAAUCAAGAAUCUGGUUAGGCACUUUUGCAACUCCAGAAAUGGCAGCUAGAGCUCAUGAUGUAGCAGCAAUUGCAAUAAAGGGCCACUCCGCUUUCCUCAAUUUUCCAGACUUGGCUCAUCAGCUCCCCCGUCCGGCCUCAAAGUUGCCGAAAGAUAUCCAAGCUGCAGCGGCAAAGGCAGCUGCAUUAGCAGCUCCAACAAGCCAUGAUGAUCGAGAAUUGAGUCCGGACAAGCUAGAAGAGCCUUAUUCUCCCGAGGGUACAGUGACAUCUGACUCUUCAGCUUCUCCAGUACUAAGCCAUAAUGGUAGAGAUGAUGACCCUUUUCUUGACUUGCCUGAUCUUUUCUUCGACCUUAGUGAUCACCAAUUCGAUGAAUUCUGCUACAAAUCGCCCUGGCAGCUCGCUGGUUAUGAAUCUACUCAGGGGGAAUUGUGGACUGAAGAUCUAUUCUUGUGGGAUCAUUGCUAAAUAUAUAAAUACCAAUAAUUAGCGCUACUUGUGAAAAUAAUUUGUUCGUGUAACUAGCUAACCUGAUAAUUCAGAUAAAUUUGGUGGAUGCCUUGUCUUCAAGAAUUCAGCAGUGAUCUUGCUAAAUCUCUGGAAAUUAAACUUGCUUAUUUGCUGAAUUGUGGCUUCAAUAUCUUUUUUUUUUUGUGGUGGCAUUAAUUCCUUGUUAGUGUCCCCCUGUCAUGUAUGUCGUAUAAAACUUACACAAAUAGACCAAAACCCAUUAAUAUUUGUAGUUAGUUUUGGUAGUGCUAGUAAACAAAUUGGCGUCUUCUUCAUCUGUUUAUUCUUCUUGACAGGGAUAUUGUUAUGUAUACUGGGUGCCUCUAUGGAUAAAAGGAAUCUAUUGAUUUGCUGACCAAGCAAGAAAUUGUACCAUGUAUUCAAUGAUGAUAACCCGUGUUAAA